CUUCUAUUAAUCCUUCAGAUUCUGGGUCGCUCUCUCGUCCACGGUUUCAUCUUCUCUUCACUUUAUUUUUUUCUCUUGAAAGGUUUAGAUUCGUUGAUAGGUGAAAAAUAGAGAGAUAGGGCUGGAUUUGGGGAUCCGACCGUAGAAAUUUGGCGUUAUUUGAAAGAAUUAUUUUGAAGAUAGUUUAUUUGGUCAAUUAAUUAGAAUCGAAUCAACCGGAUUUCGAUUACUUGUUCUAGUUGCUGAUGAUAGGAGAUUCAGGAGUCGGAAAGAGUAGUCUUCUUCACUUCCGAUUCCUUUGAGGAACUCUCUCCCACUAUUGGUGUUGAUUUUAAAGUGAAAUAUGCAAAUGCUGGCGAUAAAAAGCUGAAUCUUGCAAUUUGGGAUACAGUCAGACCUUUUCUCCACAAAAAAGGAUCCCGAAAGUCCAUAAGAGAGGAUUGUUUGCUAACAGUUUUGUUUGUGAUGGACCAAGAUUUGGUUGAAACGGAGAAGAAAAGGAAGCGAGAUGUACCCAUAGACUCUACUUUGCAGUGGAGCCAAUGGCAGCUCCUAGAUUCUAUUCUUCCUACCGGUGGGUUUGCUCAUUCCUUUGGUCUCGAGGCUGCAAUUCAAUCACGUUUAGUCUCAGGCCCCGAUGAUCUCAGAACUUUCAUCAUUCAUUUGUUAGAGAACACAGGUAGUUUGUUCCUCCCUUUCAUUUACUCCACAACUACGAACCCUACUUUAGAGAACUGGCAGGAACUCGACAGGAUCCUCAAUGCGACUUUAACCAAUGAAGUGGGUCGAAAGGCAUCGGUUUCACAAGGAUCUUCUCUCAUGCGAGUGGCCGUCUCUGUUUUUACUGAAGUCCCUUCACUUAAAUCCAUGAGGGAUGUCUCCAUUGCUUCUCCUGGGGUUGUUUCUUUCCACCAUGCUCCGAUCUUUGGGCUCAUCUGUGGACUUUUAGGAAUGGAUAGUGGAACGAGUCAAAGAGCUUACAUGUUUAUGACUAUGAGAGAUGUCAUUUCAGCUGCGACGAGGUUGAAUUUGGUUGGACCUAUGGGUGCUGCCGUGUUGCAGCAUCGGAUUGCUCCUCUUGCUGAAGAUUUGUUCAAGAAAUGGAUGGACCGUCCGGUUGAGGAUGCUUGCCAAACCGCUCCUCUACUUGAUACUAUUCAGGGCUGCCAUAGCUACUUGUUUUCCAGGUUGUUCUGUUCUUAACAUUGUACCUUAGGGUGUAAAGUUGUGAAUUUCUGAUGUGAGAACAAAAAAUUAUAGCAUAUUGUU